CACUGACUCGUACGAAAACUGUGUUUACACCAUUUAAAGGAAAAUUAUUACUCCUCCAAUCCAACGUGCUUAUCAUGUCAUCAUAUCUGCCCCCAAAAUUAUGACAUAUUAGUUCUAUUCUUACCAAAAAAAAAUCAAGUGCACUUUUCCAUAUGAAAGCACUAGAAAAUUACAUGCCCAAAGUUAUGGAAUUGAGUUCCACCAUUAAAGACACUUGGAAAGUCUUCUUAAUAGGUAGCUUAAUUAGUUGCUUAAUGCUUCUUCUCCUUCUCACAGAAAAUGACCAACAUUCACUGGUGUCAAAUGCUAGGAUUACCGUGCUAGAACAACAGCAGUCGCCUACGACGUCCAUGCCGAGCUUCACGAGUCUACCACCUACCACUAGCGCAAUUGAGGAGCCGCCACCACCACCUAUUGCUAGCAUAAUUGCUAAUACGAAGGAUGUGGGUUCUAACAUGACAACAAUUGGAGAUAUUUUGAAACCAAAUGUUGUAACAGAAGUUAAAAAUGUGGAGGAAGCAACAACGAAUAAUAAGCCUGAAAAGAAGUGCGACAUCUUUGAUGGUAGAUGGGUUUAUAAGCCGGAAGUAGAUCCUAGCUAUUGUCCAUUAAGGUGUCCAUUCAUUGAAGAGAAGAUGAGUUGCCAAAGUAAUGGGAGGCCGGAUUUUGAGUACCAAAAGUGGGUGUGGGAAGCACGAGAUUGUGAUAUACCCAUGCUUAAUGGAACAGACAUGCUGGAAAGAUUUAGAAACAAGAGAAUAGUGUUAGUAGGGGACUCGCUUAACCGAAACAUGUGGGAGUCUCUUGCUUGUAUUCUGUAUUCCUCCAUACCUUAUCCUUCUACUAAAGCUGAAAUCCGUUUUGAAGGCAAAUCCAUCAGGACCACCUUGAAAGUAAAGGACGCAUAUAAUUUUACAGUUGAGUUUUUUUGGAGCCCAUUUUUGGUAGAUCUCAACAAAAACCAUUCAAGCGGCAAAAAGGUUCUUAUGCUCGACAAGCUCUCACCAAACUCCGAGUACUGGCCUGGGGGUGAUAUUAUGAUAUUCAACUCGGGCAUGUGGUGGGCUCAAUCGGGCUAUAAAAAAGGAUGGGAUUUGGUUGAAUACAAAGGGAAGCUGAUAGAGGAUAUGCCAUUACACCAAGCCUACACACGUGGCAUGAAUACAUGGGCAAAUUGGGUCAAGAAAAACGUGGACCCACAAAAAACAACCGUCUUUUUUAGAAGCAUCUCAGCUGAGCACAAAUCUCCGCAGUAUAACCAAUGGUGCUACACAAAAACCCAACCCCUCGUGGACGAGCCUUACAAGUCUUCAUAUCCUAAUAUUUUGAUUCGUGUUAUUGAGAGAAUUGUCAGGGGGAUGACCAAUCCACAAGUCAAGUACUUGAAUGUCACAAAAUUGUCGCAGUAUAGAAUAGAUGCACAUCCUUCCAUCUACCGAAAUAAAGACUGGAAGAUUCGGGUUCAAAUAAAUAAACACAAUCUAUCAUCUUAUACUGAUUGUGGGCAUUGGUGUCUUCCUGGAAUCCCAGAUACAUGGAAUAGAUUGUUUUAUGCUUCGCUUUUGCUUGACAAUUUUGGGGGUUCAUCUACUUCGUAAGUUUUUAUGUUGUUACAUUAUUGAAAUUUUUUGAUAACUUGUUGAAUAGCACAAACAUGUCUAGAUUGAUAUGUAUAAAGAACUUUUUCAAAUAUCUGAAUAUUUUUAUUGUCUGGAGAA